GCCGCCAAACUCCGCGCCAAACUGACGUCACGCUUUCUGAUUGGCUCCCGCCGCUGCGUCCGGGCGCCUCAGAGUCACUUCCCCCUCGAAAUCCCCGCCUCCUUUUCUCCCAGCCGCGGGAACCUGGAGUUCGCGAGCUCCCUGAGCGCCUGCGCGGGGGGCCCACUGAGGCGCCGGCGAACCGUGGGGUGACCAGGACGCAUGCGUAACACGGCUUGCUGGAGAACGGAGGAAAAAAAUCCGCGAGAAGGCGGUGGGAGAAGAUGGCGGUCCUAAGGCAGAGUUUGCAAUCUUUCUGACUAGGCUAGUCGUGUAACUAUUCGGGCCAUGGCGUCAAACUCAACUAAGUCCUUCCUGGCAGAUGCUGGCUAUGGCGAACAGGAACUGGACGCUAAUUCCGCUCUUAUGGAAUUGGACAAAGGUCUGAGGUCGGGCAAGCUUGGGGAACAGUGUGAGGCAGUGGUUCGCUUUCCUAGGCUGUUCCAGAAGUACCCAUUCCCCAUUCUCAUCAAUUCUGCAUUCCUGAAGUUAGCCGAUGUUUUCAGAGUUGGGAACAAUUUCCUGAGGCUGUGUGUUCUUAAAGUUACCCAACAAAGUGAGAAGCAUUUGGAGAAGAUUCUGAAUGUGGAUGAAUUCGUGAAAAGGAUUUUCUCAGUGAUUCAUAGUAAUGACCCUGUGGCAAGAGCCAUCACACUCCGGAUGUUGGGAAGCCUGGCAUCAAUAAUUCCCGAGAGGAAAAACGCUCAUCACAGCAUUCGCCAGAGUCUGGACUCGCAUGAUAACGUGGAAGUUGAAGCUGCUGUCUUCGCUGCUGCAAACUUCUCUGCACAGUCAAAGGAUUUUGCUGUAGGAAUCUGUAACAAAAUCAGUGAAAUGAUUCAAGGCUUAGCUACCCCAGUGGACUUGAAGCUGAAGCUGAUCCCCAUCCUGCAGCACAUGCACCAUGACGCCAUCCUGGCUUCCAGUGCACGUCAGCUCCUGCAGCAGCUCGUCACCUCCUACCCUUCCACCAAGAUGGUGAUCGUUUCUUUGCACACUUUCACUCUGCUCGCAGCCUCAUCUUUGGUUGAUACACCCAAGCAGAUUCAGCUGCUGUUACAGUAUUUGAAGGAUGAUCCCAGGAAAGCAGUGAAGAGACUUGCUAUUCAAGAUCUGAAAUUACUUGCCAGUAAAACACCGCACACUUGGAGUAGGGAGAAUAUUCAGGCACUCUGUGAGUGUGCCCUCCAAACGCCUUAUGACAGCUUAAAACUCGGGAUGCUGUCUGUCCUCUCCACGUUAUCAGGGACCAUUGCCAUCAAGCAUUACUUCAGCAUAGCUCCAGGAAAUGUAGGUUCUUCCCCCAGAUCCUCUGAUUUAGUCAAGCUAGCCCAGGAGUGCUGUUACCAUAAUAACAGGGGCAUUGCGGCUCAUGGAGUAAGAGUUCUAACUAAUAUAACUGUCUCUUGUCAAGAAAAAGAUCUCUUGACACUGGAGCAAGAUGCUGUCUUUGGCCUGGAAUCCCUUCUGGUGCUUUGUAGUCAGGAUGAUAGUCCUGGUGCUCAAGCUACUUUAAAGAUUGCUCUCAACUGCAUGGUGAAGCUGGCCAAGGGCAGGCCCCACCUUAGCCAGUCAGUGGUGGAGACCUUGCUGACGCAGCUGCACAGUGCCCAGGACGCUGCGCGGAUCCUGAUGUCCCAUUGCCUGGCAGCUAUUGCCAUGCAGCUGCCAGUGCUGGCCGAUGGGAUGCUUGGCGACCUCAUGGAGCUCUACAAGGUGAUCGGACGGUCGGCCACGGACAAGCAACAGGAGCUUCUGGUGAGUUUGGCUACAGUGAUUUUUGUAGCCAGCCAGAAAGCUUUGUCUGCUGAAGUCAAGGCCGUGAUUAAGCAGCAGCUUGAAAGCGUCUCCAACGGAUGGACCGUGUACCGCAUUGCCAGGCAGGCCUCCAGGAUGGGUAAUCAUGACAUGGCCAGAGAGCUUUAUCAGAGCUUGCUGACUCAGGUUGCCUCGGAACACUUUUACUUCUGGCUGAACAGUUUGAAGGAGUUCUCACAGGCAGAGCAGUGUCUCACAGGGCUGCAAGAGGAGAAUUACAGUUCAGCACUGUCUUGCAUUGCUGAGUCUUUAAAAUAUUACCAUAAAGGGAUUGCCUCCUUGACAGCUGCCAGUACCCCACUGAAUCCUUUGAGUUUUCAGUGUGAAUUUGUGAAACUCAGGAUUGACCUUCUACAAGCCUUCUCGCAACUCAUCUGUACUUGUAAUAGCCUAAAGACAAGCCCUCCACCCGCCAUUGCCACUACAAUUGCCAUGACCUUAGGAAAUGACCUCCAGAGGUGCGGUCGCAUCUCCAAUCAGAUGAAACAGUCCAUGGAAGAAUUCAGAAGCCUCGCUUCCCGAUAUGGGGAUCUUUAUCAAGCAUCUUUUGAUGCUGACUCAGCCACAUUGAGGAAUGUGGAACUACAGCAGCAAAGCUGCUUACUGAUAUCUCACACAGUAGAAGCCCUGAUUUUGGAUCCAGAAGCAGCAAGCUUCCAGGAGUACGGGUCGACGGGAGCAGCCCAAGCUGACAGCGAGUACGAGCGGAGGAUGACGGCCGUGUACGGCCGCGUCUUAGAGGAGGUGGAGUCCCUCAAUCGGAAGUACACCCCCGUCUCGUACAUGCAUACAGCUUGCCUCUGCAAUGCCAUUAUUGCUUUGCUGAAAGUUCCCCUGUCGUUCCAGAGAUAUUUUUUCCAGAAACUGCAGUCUACCAGCAUCAAGCUUGCUCUGUCGCCUUCCCCCCGGAACCCUGCAGAGCCCAUUGCUGUCCAAAAUAACCAGCAGCUGGCGCUGAAGGUGGAGGGAGUGGUUCAGCAUGGAUCGAAACCAGGACUCUUCCGCAAAAUCCAGUCUGUCUGCCUGAAUGUUUCUUCCACCCUCCAGAGUAAAUCUGGACAAGACUACAAGAUACCCCUUGACAACAUGACCAAUGAGAUGGAGCAGAGGGUUGAGCCUCAUAACGAUUACUUCAGCACACAGUUUCUGUUGAACUUUGCCAUCCUCGGAACGCACAACAUCACAGUGGAGUCCUCAGUGAAGGAUGCUAAUGGUAUCGUAUGGAAGACGGGCCCUAGAACUACCAUAUUCGUGAAGUCCCUGGAAGACCCCUAUUCCCAGCAGAUCCGCCUACAGCAGCAGCAGGCCCACCAGCCAUUGCAGCAGCAGCAGCAGCAGCAGCAGCGAAAUGCCUACACGCGCUUCUGACCUGCAGACUCCAGGCUCCAUCCAAGAGGCAGAGACAGUUUGCCUUCUGAUGUGGGUUAUGAAGCUUACAUUGAUUUCUGUAAUGUAACAUCCUGGAAAAUGGUGGGCUUUUUUCCCCUCCUUAAAAAUUUUUAAAAUUUUACAUUGAGAAAUAAUUUAAGUUCCUAGCCAGAAAGAUUCUUUUUCUUGUUUUUUCCUAAACCGAGUCCUUUAUCUCAUAUUUAAGUUUUGUUGUUUUAUUGUUUUUCUGUUGCUGAGCUGCUGCUUCUUUCAAGAGUAGUCACCCAUUGGGAUCAUGGAGCUAGUAAAUGUGACUGCUGCUCUGCCAGAACAACGCAUCAUGUGCUGUCUGACACAGAUGGGAAUAUGAACAGGGCACUAGGGAGCUCUCUCGGGUCAGUGCGGCUUCAUCCAUGGCUGCAGAAGCUGAGUCCUCCCGCGCUUGGGCUCGGAAGUGUCUGCCGUGUCCCAGCCCUGGGUCCCGAGGGUCUGCAGCCCUACAGGGUCGGAACAUCCUGCUGCUGCAUUACUUCAGCCACUGCUCUCGUGUCCUCCUGUGCUGAAGCAAUCUUAAUUUGCCCAAAGGGCAGCUAGCAGUUAACAAAGAAAAAUUGGAGAUUAACGAUGCUGUUUAUUCCAGUGUGUGUGCAUAUAGACACUGCUUCCAAAAGUGAAAACGUCACUCAUAUUUAAUAUCUCUCUCUCUCUUUUUUUUUUUAGUACAGAGGAUCAAACUCAGCCUUGCACGCCACAUCCCUGGCCAUCACAUUUAGUAUUUAAUGUUCUAAGUUAAAGGGAGCAGGUCUUUCCCUUUGACUGGCUUGGUUUCUCCUGAUGAGUCGUGUAAUGCUAGACUUGAUGAAAAAUAAGAUAACUUAAUGUUGACCUAACCAAAAUGUAAUAUUUGGCUACUGCAGUUUUGUAAAUCAUUGAAAUGUUUAAAGAGAAACAUAGAAAACUAGGUGAACUGCUUUCUGCUGAUUGCCUCCAAUAGUGUACUAUUUAGAAAUCAGGUACUGUUGUCUUCCUACUUAACAGUAAGAGAUCUGCUGUGACCCGGACAGCUCACUACCCAAGGCGGCAGGGAAUUUGCACCUCUGCAUUGUGUAAGUCACUCUUCACAUUGAGGCACGGUCCAGAGAAGGACAAACCAAACAAGAUCUGCAGGUUAGGGCCCAGUGAGGUCAGUUGAAAUUCUGUUUCUAAGACUCACUUGUCAUAGGUCCUUAGGCUACUUUACAUUCCUGUGCCAGUAUCUGCCCACUGAAUAUUGAGAAUAAAGUGUCCUGCCUCUUAGUAUGUACAGUAUAGGCAGCACUGGCCAAUAGAAUUCUCUGUCAUCCUAAAAAUGUUCUCUUAACUCCAAACUGUCAGUCUGCUGUACCCAUCAGCCACAUAUAGCCACUCAGUACUUAAAAUAUGGCUA